AUGCCUAAACAAAGUAAAACUAAUAGAAUUCAUACAUACAGACAUUCAAAUAGAUUUACUAUUUCAAUUGUAGGAAAUAUAAAGAUGCCUAUUAAAUUAGAAAAUUAUAACAAAAUACUACUAUCUGUUAAUUUUUCUAAUAUUGAUUUUGCUACAAUUUCACUGAUACAUUCUAAUUAUAAAACAACAUUUGAACUUAAGCAAGUAAAAUACGACAAAGCAAAAAAGAUAUUGACAGCUGAAAGUGAAAGUAGAAGAACAGAAGUGAAUGAAAAUGUUCAGUCUGAUAUGAAUAAAAACAUUCAAUCUAAAAUAAAUAAAACAAAACUUCAGAAGUUACAGAAUACGAAAUAA